AUGGAGACCUGGACGGCCACGCGCCGCCACCUGCUGUCGUUCAAAGACGAUCAUGUUCCGUGCACGCGCGUGACGGUAAAGGACGACGCGACGUUUUGCGUCCAGGGCGAUGCAUGCGGGAACCCCCUGGCCAAUGUGUACCCAAAGGGCGCACCGGGCGCGUGUCCGCGUCGCAACGAUAAGCCCAUCAGUGGCUGCACUGCGACGUCCGCUCGCUUUGGCGACGACUGCGUUGCGCCCGUGGACGCGCAUUGUGUCUUGCAAGAGGGCGGCGCCUGGCAGUGUGUGUUUCAAGCCGACGGGCGGGCAUGGAACGGCACGGAACAGGACGAGAUGGCUCCCUAUGGGCAGGUCAAGAUGCCGUCGUCGUCGCCCAUGAGCGACCAGUCUGUGAAGCUGUCGGCGUCCAACCAGGAGCAACACGGCAUGUCCAAGACCAUGGGCGCCUCGAACGCGUCGAUCAACAUUGCGGUGGGCGUCGCGUGCUGCGUGCUGGCGUUUGUCGGCCUCGUGUUUGUCAAGAAGCGCCGCAAUCGCGAGCGCUCGAACAGCUACACGCUGUCGGAAAAGGAUAUAUCGAUCGUCACGCUCUAA